AAGGUCAAGACUGACAUCAGGGCUCAGUACAAAAAGUGGUCCAGUCCUACCAGCUUGUAAACAGGUUUGGGGAAAGGGGACUGUGGCAGGAGGAAUACUACCUCUGUGGCAGAGAGAGGUAGAAGCAACGUGCAGACUACCAAUUCCCCGGAAACAGUCUUCAUGUCGUCCCUCAAGUACAUUCAGUACCACGGCCUUCUCCUGCCCCCUGUGGUCCACAGUGCAGAGAGCCUGGAGUAUGCCCAAAAUUUCUCUGUGGAAGACACCGAUGUUUUUGCUGUGACUUAUCCCAAGUCAGGUACUAUCUGGAUGCAGGAGAUCCUUCCGUUGCUGCUUAAUGGAGGAGAUCUGACUCCAAUCCAGACUGUUGUAAACUGGGACCGGGUCCCAUGGCUGGAAGAGAAAAGAUUGGCUAAGGUUGCAGAUAAGCUGACAUCUCCACGUGCUCUGGUCACACAUUUUCCCCACAGCCUCAUGCCCCCUUCAUUCCACACCUCCAAAGCCAAGGCGAUCUAUGUGAUGAGGAACCCAAAGGACAUCUUGGUGUCUUCAUACUACUUCCAUCAGAUGGCGACUUUUCUCGAGGAUCCAGGGACUUUUGAUGAGUUCUUGGAGAAGUUCCUGGAAGGCAGAGUGCUGUUUGGGAAGUGGACAGACCAUGUGAAGAGCUGGAGGCGUGCAGAGCUGGGAGACAGAAUUAUGUUCAUCACUUAUGAAGAAAUGGUUCAGGACCUGCCUGCAGCUUUAAGGCGUAUGUCAGACUUCUUGUGCCGUAAUCUGAGUGACGAAGUCGUUCUGAAGAUAGCAGAGCAUUGUUCUUUUAAGACUAUGAAAGCCAACAAAAUGUCCAACUUCAGCCAGAUUUCCAAAGAGUAUAUGGACAGUGACAAGUCUACUUUCUUGAGGAAAGGGAUUAGUGGAGACUGGAAAAACCACUUCAGUCCAGAGCAACUGGCCCGAUUCACAUCGGUCAUUUUCAAAGAGCUGGAGGGUGAGAACUUCUCUCUGCCCUGGAGCCUGGAUUGACCAGCAAAGAACAAAAAGGGCUGUAUGGAGAUAAAGUUCAGGCCUGUACAUAACAGUCAUUUACAACUGGAGUUAAAUUCUCAAAACAAACACAAGUCUGCAGAAUCCUGCUGAAGACAUAAUAAAAUACACACAUAUAUAUAUAUAUAUAUAUAUAUAUAUAUAUAUAUAUGAGAGAGAGAGAUGUGUGUUUAUGUAUUUUAUUAUCUGUCUUCAGCAGGAUUCUAGAAACCUGUGUUUAAGUUCUCAGGAGUGACAAAAUGCUAAAUUUAUCAGAGACCAGGAUCUAAACAUUGCAAUCAAACUUUUAUAAUUGCCAAUGAAAUAAAUACUGCUAAAACACUGAUUGUUUGGAUCUCUCACAUCUGUAAAUCUGUUGUAGGUUUAUACUGUAUGAUCAGUAAAACAUCAGUUUGUGCUAAUUGCUACAUGACUACUCUGUAAGUACUUUUAGAUCUUUUGGUCUUUUGAGAGUACAAUGUAUGAAACACAUGACAUACUUUAUAAGAUAUGCUUAAUAAACUGGACAAAUAUAAAUGAACUGUCAUUUUGAUACUGAGAGGCAUCACAAAGCGACACUUCAAUGCAAAAAAGUUCAAUUUAUUUACUCUUGAAGAGGAAAGAAGAUAUUAGAAAAUAAGCUUUUGAUCAAAUGCCACUGUCCUGUUAUGUUUUGUUGUUUUUUUUUUUUACUAGAAGUAAUAAAAAAAUAUUAAAUUAAAUAAAAACCUUUUCACCAAGUCUACAAGUUUGGGCACCAUACUGAGUCAGUAUUUAUAUAUUCUUAUAUUUGCCUGCGGUAAUUGGAAACAGGGCCAAGUCAUUUUUGCAAGCUCUGCAAUAUUUAUAGGUUGUCUAAUUUUGUUAUUUUCGUAGUUCGUGUUGGCUUUUAAUGUUAUAUUUUGAUUUUGUACUUUACACUGUUGUGAAAACCAACCUCCUAAACUGAUUAUGUAUGUAUGUAUAAUUUUUGCAUCUUGAGUUCUCCAUCAUUAAGUGUUCUGCCCAUGCAAUGUUUCCGUAGUAAGUUCAUACUGUAACAUUUUGUAAACCUGCCUCGUUUGCUUUGCUUGAUGUACAUAAUACCUGAACAAUGAUAAUAAAUUGAUGAAUACA